AUGGAGCCGUCCUUGUCUGAAAUCAACGUUUCCUGCCUGCUGUGCGAGCAGACUUUUGAUGCCAUUGACAAGCUGGACGAACACCUCAACGCCCACUUUCCACAGCCUGUGGCCAGCCAAAGCCAAAUCUGCGAUCUCUGCGGACGCGGAAUGCGAUCAUCACUGGAGCUCCACCAGCACUAUAAGAGAUUCCAUGAGGCCCAUGUGGCCGCCACAGACGGGCAUUUCCACUGCCAGCUCUGCGACAAGGUGUUCCUCCUCCAAGAUCACCUCAAUGUGCACGUGAAGAUCGAGCACUCUUCAGAUGGCUACCGUCCGGAUGACAAGAUACCUGAGUGGAAGCAGAACAACGACAGGUGCAUUGAUCUAACCACCGAUUAUAGGCUGGAUCCCAUUUUGUGUCCACCACCCAAGAAAAAGUAUCCUCCGCGCUCACCCUUCUUUAAUCCAAAUCUUUGGCUAUGUACGGACAACUCCUUCCUGUAGAUGAUAUAACAACUAUAUAAUUAAAUGUAGUCGAUCUACGAACUACUGUCAAUACCACUUAGCUUAAUUAUCUUGACAUUCCAAAUGAUUCUCACAUAAUAAUUACCAAAAUGUAUAUAAGGUUCGGAGAGAAAGACAUGUGCCUAUAAUAAGUAAA